GGUUCCCUCCACUGUCCCAUGGCUUUCCACCACUGUCCCCCACUUCACCUCUGCCCAUCUGAGGUCUUUAGGCAACAGAGAUUGGAUGGUAAUUGUAGCAGCCUAUGGAGUUAUUUCUCCUGAGCCUUUCAGAUGUUCACCAGAAGGGUCUGUGCUGAUCCCUAUUAAUGAUGUAUGGAUGCCAUCCUCUCAACUGGCAGUCUUGUCAGCUUCUCUGUGUCACACACCAAAGGGGGACAGCAAAAUUUCAUAGGUUUACUUUUUGUGGGGAUCUGAUUUCACCACAGUUAUAGAAAACAUGGGAAGAUGAUGGAAAAGGGGUUGGUGAAGGAACUUAAUGGAAAGAGAAUGAAACUAUAUAAUAGGCGCAGAAGCUUCAUAAUGUGAUUGAGCUCCUUGGAGCAAACACUUCAUCUAAGCCAGGAUCUAAAUGUUCUCCGGUGCUUCUUCAUAUAUACAUUUGUAUGCAUCUCUUCGUUUUUUUUUUUUGUCAUAGGAGAGAUACCGCAUGUUCUAUUUACCUUGUGUUUCUUUAUAUACAUAAGGCAUCCACUGACAAUCAGCGCACAUCUAUAUAUAUAGUUAAUUGGGCAGGGCAUCAAAAACAUUCACAACAUCCUUUGUACUGUUUUUAUAAUUACAUUAUGUGCCUUUCUACACAAGUCACAUUUUCUUGUUCUUUGCAAUGCUCACGCGCAUCUCAACCCCACCCUAUAUGCAUCCUUAAAUUUUCAUCACCAGCAAGCUGUAAAUAGUUUGAUUUAGGUAACAUUCAUACCAGACAGAACACCAAGCUGAGUUGACCCCUCUUGUUGACACUGGGAUAGUAAUAAGAACUGUAUAAUAAUUAUAGUGCUGUAAUUAAACAAUGGAAAUUAGAACCUAAUCAUUUAAUUAUAGUGUUGUGGCAACACUAAAAUUAAAAAGCAACAAAGUCAGGUGAGAGACGUCUGGACUCACCCCUACAAAGCUUUUGAUUGGCUACAAGGUAUUAGGACUUGACUUUUUAUAGAACCUCACACGAAAUAAAUAGAUGUUCUUUCAAACGACGUAGGAACGUCUCUCUCCCUGUUAGUCUCCAUCUGCAGCACUGAAGAACAAUAUUAAAUUGGAAACUUAUUUAAUUUGGGGGCAUGAGGAAACUAGACUUCGCAUCUAUGUGGAGGAUGAAGAGCCCUCCAUCGUUUUUGUCUGGCUGCUCUUUUCUGAAGAAAAUUUGAGAAGCGCAUUCCCUCUGAAAGGAUAUAAAGAAUUUAUUUGGUAAAGUCUUGUGCUAGUUUGCUUGGGUGACAUUUCCUGAGAAGUCCCAUGGCUUGCUGUGCUUUGCAAACGGUGGCCCUGCUGCUCGUGAGCAUUGGUACACUUGGAACAUUCACUGUCACCCUGCUGCCUCAAUGGAAAGUAUCCGCCUUCACAGGAAACAAUAUUGUGGUCUUUGAGAGGAUUUGGGAGGGCCUCUGGAUGGCAUGUGUCAGUCACAUCCGACAAUAUCAGUGCAAAUUCUAUCAGUCCACAUUAGCCCUUCCAAUGACUUUAGAUGCAUCCAGAGGGCUAAUGUGCACAGCUUGUGCAUUGUCAGUUGUUGCCUUUCUGAUUGCUGUCUCUGGCACAAAGUGCAUACGAUGUCCUGGCAAAGAUGAACAAGCAAAAAGCAAGCUUUUAUUGUCUGCUGGAAUCAUUUUUCUUCUGACUGGGGUCAUUGUGUUGAUUCCUGUUUCCUUGAUUGCCAACAAUAUCAUCAAGGAUUUCUACAAUCCAGCAAACCAACUUGGCCGGAAAUAUGAAUUGGGAGCUGCCCUCUAUUUAGGUUGGAUCACCUCUGGAUUUCUAAUCAGCGGAGGAGCUAUAUUUUGCAGUUUCUUCUCCUGUGCAGAGAAGCCUGGCGGGGACCGAUAUCCAACACCAACACCAACCAGCCACAGAGCAAACAGACCUGAGCACAUCAGAAUGAAGCCCCUAAGUGUGCAUUCGUAUAUCUGAUGAUAUCACUUGUGUACGUGUGUAGCUUGUUUUGGACAACAGUAUUGAUUUCCUCCUUCUCUAUCUAGGAGAUCAUAAUCAUCUGGAUAUAGUGAACCCAAUUCAUUUAGAUUUCCAGCUAUGAACUUACUUUUAGGAUGUGCAAAAGCAUGUGGGAUUUAAUGCCACACAUCCACUGGUGCCGUAAGUAACUAUCCCACAGCAUGCUAACCUGCAUAUGUGAUAUUGUCUCCAUGACAAUACUGUACCAUGGUAUGCUUCUUCUGACAGUCUCUGAAUUCAGAAGGAAUGUGGUUCUCCAAUGAAAAACACAAGAAGAGUUUCCAACUUAAUUUUUAAAAACCCUUGGACCAGCUGCAGCUGCCACUGAUGAGGCAAGCAGAGAGAAAAGGGAAGAAUGCGGAAACAUGACAGAAUGGCACUCACUAAAUAGAAAAAAAAUCUCUGUGGCAACAUAAUCCAGAACCUGGAUUAUUUUAAAUUAAACUACAAUAAAGGUUCCAUACCUGUAA